AAUUUCAUCAGAGACUGCAAUUGAUCCAUUCUUGCUCUUUAAGUUUAGAGAUAGCAACGUCGGUAACGACUAUGGCUUCUUCUAAGUCAAUGGCCGUUAUUAGUUUGACUUUGGUGGUGCUCUUGCUCAUGAGCAUUCACUCAGAUGCUCAGCUCUCGACCGGGUUUUACUCCAAGUCAUGCCCCAAGCUCCACAAGACCGUGAUGUCGACGGUCCGUUCCGCCAUUGCCAAGGAGGCCCGUAUGGGCGCGUCUCUCCUCCGACUCUUCUUUCACGACUGCUUUGUAAACGGAUGUGACGGGUCGAUCCUGUUGGAUGACACCUCGUCCUUCACAGGAGAGAAGAAUGCGGCCCCGAACAGGAACUCAGCUCGGGGAUUCGAAGUCGUCGACCAAAUCAAGUCCGCUGUUGAGAAGGUGUGCCCCGGCGUGGUCUCUUGUGCAGAUAUACUUGCCAUCACUGCUCGUGACUCUGUUCAGACACUCGGAGGGCCGACUUGGGAAGUGAAGCUAGGAAGGAGAGAUGCGAGGACAGCAAGCCAAGCUGCGGCAAACAACAGCAUCCCGCCCCCGACCUCGAACCUCAACAAUCUCAUCUCUUUCUUCAGCAAUGUUGGUCUCUCCACUCGGGACAUGGUUGCGCUCUCCGGAGCACAUACAAUUGGACAGGCAAGGUGCACGAGCUUCAGGGCGAGACUCUACAAUGAGACCAACCUCGACUCCUCCUUGGCCCAGACCCGGAAGAAGAACUGCCCGAGGACCACCGGCAACGGGGACAACAACCUCGCUCCGCUAGAUGCCCAAACCCCAACGUCUUUUGACAACUACUACUUCAAGAACCUCGUCCGGAACCGCGGCCUCCUCCAUUCCGACCAGCAGCUCUUCAACGGGGGUUCCACAGACUCCCUUGUCCGAACCUACAGCGGCAACCCCUCCACCUUCACCUCCGACUUCGUGGCUUCAAUGAUCAGGAUGGGAGAUAUCAAGCCCCUCACCGGGUCCAAAGGAGAGAUCAGGAAGAACUGCAGGAGGAUCAACUGAUGAGCCAUUCAGUACCAAGAGUAUUGCUACAGGCUACGAACUUGGUCGUUCUUGGUUUUUCUCUAUGUCGGAAUAAGGUUCUGCAAUUCCAAUGAGUUUUGGGUCUCUUCGAGUCACUCUUGAUACAAGAGGAUGUCAUGUGCAAUUUUCUGAUUUUUCGUUUUGAUUAAUAGGUUGUUGUUGUUGUUGUCGGCAAUUUCAGUGUUGAUUUUUUAUAUAUACUUUCGCUUUCAGUUGGAAAAGUGUCUAGUAAUCAUCUUUGUUUGAACUUAGAAGAUGUUUUGUCCA